AUGUCGCGCCCGCACGAUCCCAGUGCCGCCCGGCCGCACCGCCACCUUCCCCGCGGCCUUUCUAGAAUCCUGGGUCGGUUGGUCGUACUCGCUAUAGUGCUCUCCUUCGUCUACGUAUUAGCGCUGCUGACGCGUCCCGCGUUCUUAUUCCGUCCCGCGGAGCCGGAGCGGCAGGCGACGGCGCUGCCGCAGAGCGGGUGCGAGACGGCGCGCAACUGCACGGGGACGCUGCUGGACCGACACGUGUACCUCAAACACGACGCGGAGUUCAGGUGGAAGGACACGGGGCAGCGCAUGCGCGGGCGGGAGAAGGGGGGGCGGUGGACGGGGUACAUUUUGGAGGUGACGCUGCACCGCUGGCUCAAUAGGUCCGCCACCAACCGCCACGUCUGGUGGCACUUCAUGACUCUCAUGGCACCGGAUCGCAUGAGCAGGGCGCACAAGGGAGUGGUGCUGUUCUUCGUGGGGGCGGGGUGGAGCAUGCACAACAAGCUGCUGCUGCCCAACAAGGAUGAAGGCUUCUUCCGCCUUGCCGCCCCGCUGGUGGUGGAUUUGGGCAUCCUGGGAGUCAUGCUGGACCAGGUGCCCAUGAUGCCCAUUGACUUCUACAUGGGGCCACCCGGAGUGGGCAAGGCGGUGAAGUUGCAGGAGGAGCAGAUCAUGGCGCACGCGACGGCCAUGUUUCUGGAGAACCCGAGCGACUACGAGUGGGCCAUGGAGUUCCCCAUGGUCAAGUCGGUGGUGCGCGGCUUCGAUGUCGCUCAACUCGCCACCCGCGCUCUGCUGCCCUACGUGCCCAGGGUGGUGGGGAUCAUAUCGUACGGAUACGAUUUCUUCAGCAUGGUGGCGAGCUACCGCCACAUGUUCCGCUCGCUGGGCGGCUGGCCCAUUCUGCUGCGCUUCCACGUGGAGUACAACAUCACCCUCAAGAUCUUCCAGCCACAGUUCAACAGGUUCAUGGAGCUGGUGGACGCACACAGCUACCGCGAGCGCCUCACCAUGCCCAAGCUCAUUGUCUCUGCUGCCAACGACGAGUUCUUUGCCCUCGAUGACAGCUACAACUACUGGGAGGGGCUGCCAGAGCCCAAGUUUCUGAAGCUGCUGCCCAACAUCGACCACAUGGUGCUGCACUCCUCGCAGUGGGGCUACGAUGCCUGCAUCUCCUUCUUCCUCGCUCUGCUCCACGACACCUCCUCCUGCGCCGCCCUGCCCCCCUCCAGCCGCCCCUCCCUCACCUGGCUCCCACCCAACGCCUCCUCCCCUUCCUCCUCUCACCAACCCUCAUCUUCACCCCCCUCCUCAUCCAAUCCUACCGACACCAGCAGCAGCAGCAGCAUUGGAAGGGCGGGGCUGUUCUCGCUGGCGUUGGGGGGGCGCCCUGCUGCCCCUCCGCUGCUGCUGCCAUGGACCUGCUCCCCUCUGCUCACACACGUGCUCUGGCCCAAGCUGACGUGGCGCUUUGAUUGGCCCUCCUACACCAUCCAUGCCACGUCAGAGGUUAAACCUGUGGCUGUGCAAGCAUGGACUGGGAAGACCUUCAUGGGCAGCAAGCGGCGCGACUUCCGAUUCAUUCUGCACCAAGGCAGGACGGGAUGGUGA